AUGCAUUCCCAUUUGCACACCAAAGACAAUGUUGGGUGCGAAGAAAUCAUGACCGCGCUCGACGAGUGCCACGCUCGUGGAUUCCUCUACAAGGCCAUGGGUGGUUGCAACGACAUCAAGCGAGAAGUGAACAAGUGCCUAUCAGGCGAACGAAGCAAGAAGAGCAGAAGGAAUCGAGAAACGAGCCUAGAACGUCGAGCAAGGAUUGAGGCCGUUUGGGAGCAGAUGGACCGAGGGGACUAUUCAGCUCUGGAACGAUUCACAAACCGAAAAUGA